AUGAAGCUGGUGAGAGGAGGAGGAGGCGAGAAAGCGGCGUUCUCCUUCAAGAAGUGCUCGGCCUUUCAGUUCGUCAAGAGGAAGGUGCGUCGAUGGAUGAGGAACCCAAAAGUGAGUGCGGAGAAGGUGGCGGGCAAACGCCUGGCGUGCGUCAGGUGCCCGCUUUCCGACGAACCGUGUUUCCCGAGCUGUUGCCACUAUUACGGGGCCCCGCCUUAUUACGCCGGUGGCCCCGCCCACCUCUACCUUCCGGAUCCCGCCUCGGAAUCGUCGGGAUUGUGUGACAAAAACAAAAGCUGCAAGGUGAGGAAGUGGAAGAUGUUGUCACGCCCGCACGGCGAAGCCAAGGACAGAGACGUGCCCGACGUCGGUGGACUGUCUUGGGGGUCGGGCGUUUGGGGAGCGCCCCCUUUCCCUCCGGAGUGUUGGGCGUGCGGCGGAUUUUACGGCGGCCAUGACGCAUGGCAGCCGCGACAACGCGCGCAGGCUAUGGACCUUUACUACCACAAUGAGUCAGAAGUGGAUGGGUACUGUUGCCCCGGCGACAACGCUUUCAUGAAACAGAGGAAGAUGGGUUUGAACGAUUUCAUUCAGAGGCUCGCCACCAACGCGUACGCGUGCAAACAUCCGGAGGUGCAGUCCAUUCUGAACCUGAGUCCUGCGCAGGAUGCUGAAUUGAUGAGCAGUAGCCCCUCCCCUCCCCCGAGCCCGACGCAGCAGAUCAACCUGGGCCCGUCGUCCAACCCUUCGGCCAAACCCAACGACUUCCACUUCCUCAAGGUGAUCGGCAAGGGCAGCUUCGGCAAGGUACUGCUGGCCCGGCACCGCUCGGACGAUCAGUUCUACGCCGUCAAGGUGUUGCAGAAGAAGGCCAUCCUCAAGAAGAAGGAGGAGAAACACAUCAUGUGCGAGCGUAACGUUCUCCUGAAGAACGUCAAGCACCCCUUCCUGGUGGGUCUCCACUACUCCUUCCAGACGGCCGACAAGCUCUACUUUGUUCUGGACUACAUCAACGGCGGCGAGCUCUUCUACCACCUCCAGCGGGAGCGCUGCUUCCUGGAGCCCCGGGCGCGCUUCUACGCCGCCGAGAUCGCCAGCGCGCUGGGCUACCUGCACUCGCUCAACAUCGUCUACCGCGACCUCAAGCCCGAGAACAUCCUGCUGGACUCGCAGGGGCACGUGGUCCUCACCGACUUCGGCCUGUGCAAGGAGAACAUCGAGCCCAACGGCACCACGUCCACUUUCUGCGGAACGCCGGAGUAUUUGGCUCCUGAGGUUCUGCACAAGCAGCCGUACGAUCGCACAGUGGACUGGUGGUGCUUGGGCGCCGUCCUCUAUGAGAUGCUUUACGGCCUGCCGCCCUUUUACAGCCGCAACACGGCCGAGAUGUACGACAACAUCCUGAACAAGCCUCUGCAGCUCAAGCCCAACAUCUCCAACGCCGCCCGCCACCUGCUGGAGGGGCUCUUGCAGAAGGAGCGCACCAAGCGGCUGGGCUGCGCCGACGACUUUGUGGAAAUCCGGAACCACAUGUUCUUCUCGCCCAUUAACUGGGACGAGCUCAACGCCAAGAAGAUCACGCCGCCCUUCAACCCUAACGUGACGGGCCCCAACGACCUGCGGCACUUUGACCCCGAAUUCACCGACGAGCCCGUCCCCAACUCCAUCGGCUGCUCGCCCGACAGCGCCCUGGUGACGUCCAGCAUCAAAGAGGCGGCCGAGGCCUUCGUGGGCUUUUCCUACGCCCCCUCCAUGGACUCCUACCUAUAG